AUGCCCUACCUGAGGGACACGUUAGUCUUUCAUGGCUGCUAUACGAAAGAAGACAAGAACCGCCAUUUGGAGUUUUUCAGCAACCAUGUUACCCGCUGGCUGGGGCCUGGUCCCUCAUAUAAUCCAGACACGGGUCUCGCUGUUAUGAAAUAUCCCUCAUCACUCACCAACGACCACACCCCUUUCGAGGUCAGUUGUUGCUGGAAAAGCAAACUUCAAGGUGGAAAGCCAAUCGUUCGCUACGUGACGGAUGUGAUUCCUUUUGAUCUCGAAGUAUCCAGGAUGGCUGGCUUUAAGAGUGCCAUUGAGGUUAUUACAAUCCUUGAUCGUGUGUCUCAAUCCCCUAAAGGCGAGCUCGUUUUGCGUGCCUUCCCAAAGCUAUGGUCCCAUAUCACUGAAAGAAUGAUGGUGUAUGAGCAGAAGACUCAUUCGGAGCCGUGUAAGAAAUGCUCGCCAUCAGCGGUUUUUGUCGGGUUUGAUCUUGUCGAUUCGGUGUCAUUCGCCAAAAUGUACUGGUUGUUUCCGAGUUGUCAAAAGACGCCGGAACUUGUUCAAGGUGUACGAUAUAUGCUCGCAUCGUGUGUGGACAAUAGUCCUACGAUAUUUUCGGGAAUUAUUCAAAACUGGACCAAUAUUGAAAAUCAUUUCAAUAGUUACCCAGAUAUCCUGCAGCCCAGAAUGCUAUCGGUGGACGCGACCAAGUUCCCGGAAGCCCGGGUGAAAAUUUAUGCUCGGCGGAUUUUCUCUGGGACCAACGACUUCAGCGAUAUUGAGCCCCAUCUGAGCUUGAACGACACAAUAUCUCUACCAGAGGCAUUUAGGGACACGUGCAAAAGCCUCUGGGGCUCUCUGGUAGGACCUGAAGACUCACAGCCAGGGAAAGGGCCCAAAUACUGUCUUCUCCUUUACGAGAUUGGGACAAAAUUAUCCUCGAAGUCCCCUGCUGAGGGUGUUUCUGCAAAGCUAUACAUCAUGUGUCAAGAGAUUCCUCGCGUAGAUUCCUUUCUUGCGCGGCGUCUGUAUCAGAACUGUGCUGUUCUGCAGGAUGCAGAGUUGAUCAAGUAUGAACUCCGUCCUCGUGAAUAA